AUGCUUAAGAAGAUAUUAACUUUUGAACUCUUACAGGCUCUUAUAAGUGCAGACAAAGACCAGACUCAUGAAGACUUCUACACACAGCUUCAGACAAUGAAUGACUGGCUUAUCAAGCUCAGGAAUAUACAGAACAGUGACAGAAGACAUUACAUCUCAGUGACUUAUGCACUGGCACUGAGAAAUAACAAUGAUGCAGAUGCCAUGAAUUGA